AAACCGAGCUGUCUGUAUUCUUAACGCGGCGUCUCUCUGCGGCCAUGGUAACACUUUCCUCAAUACCGGACCUCUGAUUCAAAAAACUACACAAACAAGUGCUUUUCAUGCAGCUAUUAUUCAGCAUGAAUUUGGCAGAGAUAUGUGACAACGCCAAGAAGGGUCGUGAGUAUGCUUUGCUUGGGAACUAUGACUCCUCCAUUGUGUACUACCAGGGUGUCAUUCAACAGAUCCACAAGCACUGUCAAUCCCUCAGAGACCCUGCACUUAAAGUCAAAUGGCAACAGGUCAGGCAAGAACUCACUGAGGAGUAUGAGCAGGUGAAAGCCAUCAUGGGAACGCUCGAGAGCUUUAAGUCAGAGAAGCCAGUCGACAUCCUUGCACCUCAAUCUGACGAGAGACCUGAGGAUCCAGCAGUGUGGCCCCCUCCUAUCCCUGCAGAACACAGGAAUCCUGUUGCAGUGAAGCGUCCCAACAGUGCAGUGAAGCAGCAGAGGAAGGACUCCCCGGGUCUGCAGCAUCGAGGGGCAGGACCAGGAGGUCGCGGUCAGGCCAACCUUAAACCAGACCGACCGGGAUUCAGAGAUGCCCGUGGCACAAAGGCCAAAGACGAUAAGGGAAAAAAGGCCACUGGCGACGGACCAGGGGAUGUAGAGCAGAAGAAAUUUGAUGCCACAGGAUACGACAGUGACCUGGUGGACUCACUGGAGAGAGAUAUUGUGUCCCGUAACCCUAAUGUACACUGGGAUGACAUUGCUGAUCUGGAAGAUGCUAAGAAACUGCUGAGAGAAGCAGUGGUGUUACCAAUGUGGAUGCCUGACUUUUUUAAGGGCAUUCGUCGCCCCUGGAAGGGUGUGUUAAUGGUUGGCCCUCCAGGGACAGGGAAGACCAUGUUAGCCAAAGCCGUGGCCACAGAGUGUGGGACUACUUUCUUCAAUGUGUCUUCCUCCACCCUCACCUCCAAAUACAGGGGCGAGUCUGAAAAACUUGUUCGUCUACUGUUUGAAAUGGCCCGGUUUUAUGCACCAACAACCAUCUUCAUAGACGAGAUUGACUCCAUUUGUGGCAGGAGAGGGACAUCUGAUGAACAUGAAGCCAGCCGCAGGGUCAAAUCAGAACUUCUGGUUCAGAUGGAUGGUGUGGGGGGAGCGCUGGAGAAUGAUGACCCCUCUAAGAUGGUGAUGGUUCUCGCUGCCACCAACUUCCCCUGGGACAUUGACGAGGCAUUACGACGACGCCUGGAGAAGCGGAUCUACAUCCCCCUGCCCACAGCUGUUGGUCGUGUAGAGCUUCUAAAGAUCAACCUGAGGGAGGUGGAGGUGGCUGCUGAUGUGGACCUGGACCUCAUUGCUGAGAAGAUUGAGGGCUACUCUGGAGCAGACAUCACUAACGUCUGCAGGGAUGCGUCCAUGAUGGCAAUGCGUCGUCGAAUCCAAGGCCUGAGCCCUGAGGAGAUCCGAGCUCUGUCCAAAGACGAGCUGCAGAUGCCUGUGACCAUGGAGGACUUCACCCUCACGCUCAAGAAGAUCUCUAAGUCUGUCUCUGCUGCCGACCUGGAAAAAUACGAAGCAUGGAUGGCUGAGUUUGGGUCAGUAUAGAGAGCAGUUAAAGAAGGAACUCGAAGCUUUGGAAAGUCUGAAGAGGAGGGCCUCAGGAGUGUAUGUCAAAGAGCUGAGUAAACUCCAGUAUGUGAAACAGGAUGCACAUCAGGGAUCAAGAUAAUACAGAUGCUCAAGUUCACUUGAGUCAACGGAGACUGGUGCCUUUGAGAGAGCAUGAUGAGAACUGUCAGUGACUUCACUCCUGCCCUUUCAUGUAUUCCCCCCUCGUUGUUGCUUCGACACAACUGUCCGUGUAGACACUGUCAAUCAUCCAGCUGCUGACUGACAGGUGACCUGAGGAGGAACUUGUCUUACACAGGGAACUUUUAAUGUAAAAAGUAGCCUAAUACACACAGGUAGACCAGGGAAUGUACACUAGUUUUACUUAAAUAUUAGGCCUCAUGCAAGAACAUUUUCAGAUUCUGAGCCUAAGCCCCUCUUACUAAUUCCUAGUCGGCUUCCCUGAACUACACAAACUCGUCAUAAAUUGCUUAUUUCAAACUGAUGAUUGUCAACUGUCAAUAUGUAGGUGAGCAUUUGUGAGAUUUGGGUAAUCAGUGCCCUUAAAAAUGCAAUGUAAGAGUCCCAGUUCUGCUCCAUUUGUGGGCAAGUUUCAUCCACAAAAUUUUACCAAAGAGUAAAAAGAAGACCACAGAGCUUCAAGAUCAUGUGGUCAUUUUAGGAGACCUGAUACAAUUAGACAAUCAUAAUACAGCCAGCAACAACACGUCAUCCGUCUAGAAUCAUAUUGUGACAGAAAAUAAGGAGGAUAUAGAUGUUCGACUGUCAGGUGCAACAGAGGAUGUUCACCUGGGCAGCAAUAAGCACACCAACACCGACACAGCUGUUUAUGUGAGAGAAAUUUCCCUUCAAAUACAAUAAAACCUACCAAAAUGUGGUCAAACCUCUAAAUCUGCAAGCCAUGAUGUUGGUGAUUUGAUGAACACAAUAUUAAUUUUUGCUUUGUUUAUUAUAGUUAUUUAUUUUAGUUGGUCAUCUGCAAAUUCCUUCAGAUUAAGGCAUUAUAAUAGGGGCUGUACGUGACUUGUAUGACAGGACAAGUCUGGACCACAAGUAAAAUUCAUUUGUACUUAAAAAAUUAUAAGUACAAGAAAAUUGUGGCAAAGGUGAAAAAUGAAGAUCGUUUGUCACAAAUCACUGAAGAACAAAUGUGUUAGUGCUUGUUAUUCUUGCAUGAGGCCCGUUGUCUUGAAGAACUGUAUGUUUGAGCACUACAGCCUGUGUAUUUCCUGCUGACUGAACACACUUGAAGAACCACAAUGUCUGUUAUGAAGUGACUGAUUAUGUGUUUGUGUUUGUAUGUUUUUUUUGUUGUUGUUGUUUUUAAUAUCUAUUUUCAAUUUUGGUUCAAUUUUAGCUCUGUUGAGUCAAACAAAUGUAGUCAGGCUAAAAUAACAUGUCUAUAUGAAUUGUUUAGUAAUGGACUAAUCCUUAACUGCUUAAUGGUUCCUGUAUUUUAUGAAUUCUAUUAAAUCUAUUGAUCACCCUAAA